UGAGCACCAUAAUACCAAAUGAAAAUUCGUUCGAUCAGCACUUUCGACUACAGUCGAAGAUCGAAUGUUGCUCAUAAUAAGGGCCAUAGCUCAGUGAUCGCUCGCAAGCUGUUUGUGCUGGUGACAUUAUAUAACUAAUUACGGAAGUAGUAUGGUGGCAUUAUAUACUACUUACCCGUAUCUAUUGUUCUCGGUCCUCUAUUGUUUGUGUUAUAUGACCUGGAAGAUGCAACGACUCCGGAAUUUUUGAAAAAUCAUCGCUAAAGCGCGAGUUGCAAAGUUGUGCACUUCUUGAUGAAUUGAGCUUGCUGUAUGGAUCCACAAAAAUACCAGUCCAUAUUAUAGGGGACUCUGCUUUUCGUCUCUCGCAGCAUUUAAUGAAGCCAUAUCCGCAUAGUGUGACCAAUACACCCGAACAAAAAAAAUUCAACUAUAGAUUGUCUAAGUGCCGGCGUGUUGUGGAAAAUGCUUUUGGCCAUUUAAAAGCCCGAUUUAGGAGAAUUGGAAAAGGCGUGGAUAACCACAUCAAAAAUGUAAACACAGUUAUUUCAUGUGCAUGUGUUUUACAUAAUUUUUUGAUUGCUGAGAAGGAUUUAAUUUUGGAAAAUUGGCUAGUGGAAAUGCAUCGCGAUUCCAGGCGCAAUAUUCAAUACGGCACCAAUGCAGUUGACCGAUCUGAAGGAGAAUCGAUAAGAAAUGCGUUAAAGGAAUAUUUCAGUGCGGAAGCUUCGUGCAGUGCUGGAGACGAUGGUGGCGAAAAUGUAAACGAAGCAGACGGAGCAGCUUCGUUUGAGGAGCAUGAAGGUGAUAUCGGCGAAUUUGAUGGAGCUGGCGAAGCAACCGAAUCAGGCAUGCCUACAUAUAUAAAUAGAAAUUAA